UCCCUAGCACUACACAGCUGAUUCAAAUAACCAAUUAAUCAUCCAGCUUUGAUUAUUUGAAUCAGCUGUGUAGUGCAAAAACUACACUACCCCUGGACCGAGUUUUGGAAACCCUGUACUAGAGCAAUAGGUCAACAGCAUGUAGAAGGCAUGAAUGCAAAAUACAAAUAAUAUGUCAAUUGGAAAAAGUAACUAACUUCACCUCAAGCUGUUUAUGACAGUACAUUUCCUGUUCCAAUUUGUAUUUCCACAUACACAGAUGUGAAAUAGGGACGAUGGAAAGUCCCAUGUGAGCAUUACAACAAUUUGCAUUCACCUCUUAAAAGGAACAUCAGGGGCUUUCUCCAGUUUUAGUCACGGUGUGAAUAGUGAAACUAGUGUAACGUUAGUAUAGUGUCAGAGGAAAACAUUGUUCGUCUUUCACAUGGAUGAAUUAGCAUCACACUGUUUCUACAUUCAACAACACUACUAUCUCGUUGCCUAACCAAUAUCUUUUACUUCCUCCAACAUAGUGUGGUUUUGGUGUAUUCAAAUGGAAUGUAAUAACACUCUCUUUUCUUCCCUUAUCAUUCCCAGUAAUGCUUGUACCCCAACCUAAGUGACAGGACCGGUCACCCUGGUCAACUCUCCCUGUUGCUGUGGUCACCUUACUGUUGUGGUCAGUCACGAUGAACACCUCCUCAGAAGCGGUGGCCAGAGGGSUCAACAACGCCACCCUGGAGAUGCUGGUCAGUCCUGUGAUGACCGUGGCUGUGCCUGUUAUUUACCUGKCUGUGUUUGUGUGCAGUACCCCCUGCAACCUGCUGUCUCUGGUAGCGCUGCUGAACGUCCAUUACAAACGCCACACUCCCACGUCUGUGUUUGCCAUCAACCUGUCGCUGGCAGACCUGCUCUACAGCGCCUUCCUGCCCCUACAGGUGUUGUACCACCUGUGGGGUAAUGACUGGCCGUGGGGCGCUGCCCUCUGUGGCCUCACCACCACAGCCCUCAACUGCAACAUGCAUUGCUCCGUYCUCACCACCUGUGCCAUYGCGCUCGAGCGYUACUGCGGUGUCGUACGCCCRCUACGCACCAAACACUGGCGCACCGCCCGGAGAGCCACCAUCGCCUGCGUCCUCAUCUGGGCAUUUGUUCUGAUUACUCAGACRCCCUUGSUCCWCCGUGACCUCACCCUYCGGGUCGUCGAGCUAARCAUCACRACCUGCUUCGACGUGCUUCCRCGURAACUGUUCAUUCACCAAUCAGUAGCCUAUYUCUACUUCCUAGUGGUUCUGCUGAUGUUCUACGUGUUGCCGUUAGCCGUCCUGGUCAGCUGUUACGUUGCCGUGGCGAGAGGCCUGCACAGGUCGUUGCCGACGGCAGCUGAAGGCAGUGAUGGUAAGAGGGAAGUGUUGUCAAGGCGACGGGCUCAGACCACAGUCGCCUUGGCAACCCUGUGCUUUGUGGUGUGUUACCUACCAACSAUCACCCUUCAUGGCCUGCACUUAGUCUUCCACGCCCAGGGCAAGAGYCUGUACAGAUACUAYAAACUAGCGCUGAGCAUCAACAGCCUCAACUGCUGCUUUGACCCGUUUGUGUACUACUUUGCGUCGAGGGAGUUCCGGCUGGCUCUGAGGAGGCUGCUGGGGCGGUGUGUCCCACUGGGAGAGGGGGAGGAGCUUGGCACCUCUGAGCUGGUGUCCAUGACUGGGUAGACUAGGGAAUCUAAGGGCCACUACUAGGCUGUAGUUGAUCACUAGAUAGUCAUGCUGGAAUGGACAAAGUAUGCAGAUGCCAUAGCAAAUGACCCAAACUGUAAAUACAAAAUAAUCUAUUUUGUUAUUUUAUGGACAGAGCCUGUGCGGUCUUCAUUAUAAAGCUGUUUAUGCAAUUGUUGUCAAUGCUAAUUUUUUUAUAGUUAUUCUGACUUCAUUCCAUUGACAUUUAUUAUUGAAUAAAUCUUAGACAUGCAUCA